ACCAGGUCCACCUUGCACCAGUUCACAUCUGCCACCUGAUCCAAACCCAACUUCUCUGCUGGACACAUAUACUCAGGCGAAACCCUCCCUGUAGAGGUACAUUGUGGAGAGGGCUUCUCAUUUAGGAGCCUGGUUACUGUAAAGGACCCGUGCGGCCAAAAUGCAUGCAGAAGGAGCUUUGAUGAGGGUGCUGUGAUUUGUGAUUGCUGCCCACCAUCCUCCAGCCCACUAUGGCCACAGACUUUUGAAUCCUGUGAUCGGCGAACCAGACUGGACGUUCACAGGCAACAAAGUGACCUUUGGAUAUUAACCUGUUAAUGUUUGGGAAAUUAUCUAUCUCGAGAAUGGAUUACACGAGACGGUGGCUUCCAGUGUCAGUGGUUUUCCUGGGAUUCACAACACUGUUUCUUCAAUCAGAAGGUGUCUGUGUCCACCAGGGCUCCUUGUUUGCGAACAACACUGAGUGGAAGCCGGAGUCAUGCUUGGACUGCACUUGCCACGAUGAUAUUGUGGUGUGUGAAAGCGCCAUUUGCAGAGACCCCCAAUGUGACUUCGCAAAGGGAGAAAUUCUCCGCAUUGAACAUAACAAGUGUUGCCCUGAAUGUGCUUCAGGAAGUCAUGGAUUUUGCCAGCACGAAGGAACAGUCCAUGCUCACGGUACUCAGUGGACAGCAUCAGAAUGCACUGUGUGCUCAUGUAUGAAUGGGAAAGUUACAUGUGCCCCAAAGCCUUGCCUGAACGUAAGAUGCCAGCGAGGAGAAGUUGAGCACCUUGCUCCUGGAGAGUGCUGCCCUACGUGUGUGGGAACCGGAGAUUCUUGUUCUCUUGAGGGACACCAGUUGCAGGAUGGAGAGGAAUGGCAGCUUAGUCAAUGCUCUAAAUGUACCUGUAGGAAUGGCUUGACGGAGUGCUACACCGUCUCAUGUCAGCCUCUGUUGUGUGAUAAGGAUGAAAUCCUAGCUCUCAUUCCUGGAAAAUGUUGUCCAAAGUGCCUUCCAAAAUCCUGCACCAUAUCUGGAAUCAAAUAUGAGCAUGGAGCACAGUGGAAAAGAAAUGACUGCAGUACGUGUAUGUGUGACAAAGGAGAUGUCCGAUGUCAUACAAAAACCUGUUACCCUCUUACAUGCGACAAGGGUCAGACGAAAAUACGACGGCCUGGACAAUGUUGUGAAGAGUGUGUUUCGUCUAAGGGAAGCUGCAUGGUGGAAGAUUUAGUCAGGUACCAUGGAGAACUUUGGAAUGGAACAAACUGUGAUUUCUGCAUGUGUGACCGAGGCAAAGUCCUCUGCCAGAAGGCACAAUGUGCAAAAGUAGAAUGUUCAUGGGGUGAAGAAUUGGUUCAUUUUGACGGGAAAUGUUGCCCAGAAUGUGUAUUAAGUACCAGCUACUGUAUCUACAAAGAACACACAGAAGAGUAUUUUCUUUCUGAUAUGGUUGGAGUAAAACAUUUGAUGAACGGUGACAAGUGGAGCAGAGGUCUGUGUGACGUGUGUGAGUGCAAAAAUGGCCACGUGACCUGCUUCUCGCCAUCUUGUCCUACAUGCCCAGUUGGCACGCUAGCUGUGAAUGUGGCAGGAGAGUGCUGUCCGCAAUGCAAGCCAGAACAGUGUCACCGAGACUGCUUAACCUGUUCUCAGUCUGUUGACUAUUGUGACAUCUGCCGUGACGAGGCCCGGUUGCUGCAGAUGGGACGCUGCGUGUUCAGCUGCGACCCUGGAUUCUAUGUUGAUGGGAAAACAUGUCGAGCGUGCAAAGAAACAUGCUCCGCUUGCAAAAAUGGCUUUGAGUGUACGUCCUGCGCAGCACCGCUCCUCCUGGAAGAUGGUCAAUGUGUGACCUCCUGUAGACAUGGGUAUUUCCAGAACCACCUUGUCUGUGCAGCGUGUCACGAAUCGUGUGCCGCUUGUCGCGGACCAUCAAAAGCGGACUGCUUGAGCUGCAAGGAUCCAUCACGGGUUAUGCGUAGCGGGUACUGUGACUCCAGCUGCGGCCCAGGAUUCUACGUGCAGAACGCAACAUGCGCAGCUUGUGAUCCUUCAUGUGAAACGUGCUUGGCCGAUAACAGUAGAUGUUUAACCUGUGCCCGGGGCAGAAUGUUUUACAGAGGGAAAUGUGUUCUGGAAUGCCCCGAGGGGUAUUACAUGGACGUCGCAGGAUUGUGCACAGCCUGUCACAAGGAGUGUGCAUCGUGUUCUGGACCCCUGGCUAAUCAGUGCACAUCCUGCCUACCACCUCUGACCUUGCUGAAAGGCCAAUGUCUAAGCAACUGUGGAGAGGGAUAUUUCUCGGAUGGCAGUCAUUGCUAUGCCUGCCAUCCAUCAUGUCGGACCUGCUUAGGCCCGGAAGUGUCUCACUGUACAAAGUGUAUGAAGUCAGAGGAGUCCCUUCAGGCUGUACAGCUCUACAGAGGAAAGCCGUACGGGACGUGUCACACGCAUUGCAAGCCUCAGUUUUAUGUGGACAUCAGUAGCGAAUGCCAAGAGUGCCAUUCUUCAUGCCAAAGCUGUGCAGGAGAAGGCCAUUUAAACUGCACAGCUUGCUCUUCUCCAGAUGUUCUGUAUCAGGGGACAUGCUUGAAACAGUGCCCUGAGGGCUUCUACAGCAAGGAUUCUGCUUGCCAUGCAUGCCACCCAUCUUGCAAAGAUUGCAGUGGCCCUACAAGUGCAAAUUGCCGGUCAUGCCACCCCCAUGCUGCUCUCAUUGAUGGAACUUGCAAGACCACCUGCGCAGAAGGACAGUACCUAAACUUAGUAGGAUAUUGCGUGGAUUGUCACCCUCAGUGCCAGUUGUGCGUCGCCAACCUGCACCACACGGGCAGUGUUUGCUUGAAAUGUCCGUAUUCUCGGUACUACCUUUGCGAAGAACGAUGCGUCCCUGAGUGUCCUGCUGGAUUUUACGCAGAGGGUCGGACCUGUAAACGCUGCCACCCCUCCUGUAAAGGCUGCAGUGGGCCCGGAGUGACCUCUUGCUCUUCUUGUGGAAAAGGCCUUGUUUUGUCUCACAAUGGCAUGUGUCUUCAGUCGUGUUACCAAGGCUACUACAGUGAGGGCAGUGUUUGUAAAGCCUGUAACAGUCAGUGCUUGACGUGUGACUCUGCAUCGGGCUGUACGGCUUGCAAGGACCCAGGCAAGGUUCUGCUGUUCGGCGAAUGCCAGUAUGACAGCUGCACCCAGCAGUACUAUUUGGACCACAGCGCUGGAACAUGCAGAGAAUGUGAUUGGAGUUGCAAUGCCUGCAAAGGCCCUCUCAAGACUGAUUGCUUGCAGUGUAUGGAGCAGUACGUUCUACACGCCGGAGGCUGUGUUCAGCAAUGUCCACCCUCUUUUUACAAACACGGGGAGAUGUGCCAAGAAUGCGGUGAACACUGCCUUAUCUGUGAUGGACCUAAUCAAUGCAGCCAAUGCAAGGCUCCAUUCUACCUAUUGAAUGGACAGUGUGUCAGUGAAUGUGGGAAACAGCAUUCAUCAUCCCAUGCUGAUCGCAAGUGUCUAGCUUGUCCCCCUGGUUGCCUGGAAUGCGAUGAAGCCAUGAAGUGCCGAUUUUGCACCAACAAGAUGUUUUUAAAAAAUAACCUGUGUGUCUCACACUGUGGUCGUGGUUUCUCAAGUAAUCAUACAAGCAGGAGGUGCGAAGUUAAUUCUCACGCUCCUAUGCUUCUUGUGAAUGGGUCAGUCACAGUAGGUAUUGGUGAAGACACACCUUUGGAUUUGACCCUUAUGAAUGUGCAAGAUCAGGACACUGAGUACACCAGCCUUGCAUUUCAUGUGGUGUCCCCUCCUAACAAUGGGCGACUGGUAAAAAUGUUACAUGGCAAAGAAAUUCCCCUUAACAAGGACUCGCAGUUCAGCUGGGAGGAUUUGAAAGAGAACAGAGUGAGGUUCAAGCACAGCAAAGAAAAGUCUAGGAAUGGCUUUUUUUCAGUUAAAGUCAGUGAUGGGCAGCUCUCCUCGCAGCCACAAUCAAUCAAUGUACAAGCUAUCUCAACAAAGGCAACAUACGUCAUUAGAAACAGUGGUCUCCUGGUUGGCAGGGGAGAGACAGGGGCUAUCACAAAGUCUCUCCUAGACUUGAGAGAUGAUGACAAUCUGCAGGAGGUGAUGGUAGCUGUUCUAGAAUCUCCAAGGCAUGGUCGUCUUGUUAUUCCUCCGGGGAACACUCCCCUCAACCAGUUCCGCCUGGAUGACAUUAAAAAUGGCCUUCUGCACUAUGUCCACGAUGGUUCUGAGAGUCAGUCAGAUGUCAUUCUUUUCCAAGUGAAUGAUGGAUACAACUUUAUUAAUGUUCUUUUCCAUGUCAAGAUUACAGAAAAGUUGAAAGGAGGGCUACAACUUGUAUUGAACGCUGCUGUGUGGGUGCCAGAAGGAGGAAUGCUUCAGAUAUCCAGUAGACUUCUGCAAGCAAAAGUGCCUGGUGCCCCUGACUCAAAUGUCAUCUAUACAAUCACAAAUGAACAGCCAAGGUUUGGCGAAGUGGUGCUACUGGUCCCAAUGCCUGCUGAUGGACCUGCUGAUGGCUGGCAGAGACUGCCUGACGGAAGGCUGGCUACACCCGCCACAACCUUUACCCAGCAGGACAUUAAUGAGGGGCUUGUGUGGUACAGGCACUUGGGACCCCAGUCACAAGGGAGAGACUCCUUUAGCUUCCAGAUUUCCAGUACAGAAAGUACCCAGGCCACCCAGGACAGACAUGUGUUCAACAUUGGUAUUUUACCCAAUCACCCUGGUGCUCCUCAGCUAUCUCCUGGAUCCUCUCUGCACAUGACGGCUCUUGAAGACCGUGUGACAGUGAUUGGAUCCCAUUAUCUUUCCUUUGUUGACACAGAAAGCCCGAGUGAUAAAAUAGUCUACAAUAUAACGGUACCCUUACAGCCGCAUGAAGGCAUCUUGGAACAUAAAGAUAAACCUAUGUCCUUUGUAAGGCACUUUACCCAAGCAGAUAUUAAUCAGGGAAAUAUUGCAUACCGGCCACCUAGAGCCGCACCGCACCUCAGCGAGAUUAUGGACUUCUCUUUCACUGGUCUUCCGGGUUCUGUGAGCUUCUUCUUUACAGUGUCAGAUGGGGAGUUCACUACACCUGAGAUGCCAUUCACCAUCCAUUUGCUCUCCACUGAGCAGCAGCCUCCUGUGUUUCAGAUUUCAUCCCCGUUUCUUGAGGUUACACAGGGAGGACGAGCUCCCAUCGGGGUACACCUGACCGUGACAGAUACAGACACGUCACCAGAAGAUCUGUUUUAUGAGCUUGUUGAACAACCCCGGCAUGGCCUGUUAAUGAAGUCUGAAGCCGGCGUACAGAGCGCUAUGAACGCAGGUGAUACAUUCACAUACGAAGAUGUCAACAGAAACGCACUAUACUAUGUGCACGGAGGCUCGAGCACGACAGAAGACAGCAUGGAGAUUGCAGUGACGGAUGGUAUCACCUCCACCACAACCCUUUUGAGGGUGGUAGUGUCACCUGCAAAUGAUAAUGGACCACGUCUUGUUCCAGGCACUUUGUUGGCUAUAACCGUGACCAGCAGAAGCUCUAUUAUUAUAACAAGGUCCCAUCUCGCUUACAUGGAUAAUAAUUCUCCUGACUCCAAGAUCAGAAUCCAGCUGGUCUCUCUACCCAUGUAUGGCCUUCUUACCAAGGCUGAACCUGGAGAAGAUGCCGAAGAGUUGUCAGAAUUCUCUUUUUUUACUAUGGAAGACAUAGACAAACAGAAGAUUAAAUAUUCUGCAAUAACCGAAACUGAGAGUCAGACUGUCACUGAUACAUUCCACUUCACUGUCUACAAUGCUGACAAUGUCCACCUGGACAACCAGAUGUUUACUAUAACUAUUACUGCAGCCACCCAGCAGCUUCCUAUCAUCCGGUCUGGAGAACAGAUAUCUGUGGAAGAAGGAGGGAGGAUUCUCCUGUCACCUCGCUUGAUAAUAUCCCCAGAUGCUGCAACUACAGGAAGGCAGCAGAAAAUUCAGAUAAUCAGUGGGCCAAAGUUUGGUUACCUUGAAAAUAUUAAAAAUGGUGGACGUACUUCUGUGGCUGGUCAGGUGGGUUCAGACAGUUACUUCCUGUUUCAGGAUUUUGCGGAAAACAACAUCUAUUAUGUACAGAGUGUCCAUGAUAGUGUUGAGCCCAGUGGGGACUUCUUUAGUUUCUACAUAACAGAUGGAACUAGCCAGACUGACGUCCGCAACAUCAGUAUUAUCAUACAGGGAAAGAAUGAUGAGCCUCCACAGAUCUCUACAUUGCCGCUCAGGGUGUACGACAACACAGGAGCAGUGAUAAGAAACACGUGUAUAAGUGUCCAGGACGUUGAUACUCCUGACAAUGAACUCAGGUUCAUUGUAACCAAAUCACCUUUCCAUGGAUACCUGCGAAGGAGGCAGUUCUACUCUGAACCCUUGGACAACGGACGUAUCCUGUCCCAGGGAUCCUCUUUUACCUACCAAGACGUUUUAGACGAACUGAUUGUAUACACCCCAGAAAGCAUGGUCAAACCUUCAGACGAAUUCCGCUUCUCUCUCUCAGAUGGCCAGUACACAGAGACUGGAAGGGUAGAGAUUUCUAUUGAGCCACAGAGAAAAGAACCCCCAAGACUAGCUACAAACAGAGGCCUACAGAUCUCAGCAGGUUCAGUGGCUACAAUCACUGAUCAACAUCUAAAGGGAACAGAUGUUGAUUCAGAUGAUGCCAAACUCCGGUACGUCAUGAAGAAGGACCCAGCUGUGGGGAAACUACAGAUGUCAAGAAACAACAACCCGGUCCAGAUUUCAGUGAAGGGACCUAUCAGUAGCUUUACACAAGUGGAUAUUAACAAAGGAUUUGUUCAGUACAAGCACAUGAAAGGACAGCCAGGAGGAAGCUUUUCUUUUAAGUUUGAUGUCAUAGAUUCUGAGGAGAAUAAGCUAAUUGACCAGUCGUUUUACAUAAGUAUUUUAGAAGACAAACUACCUCCAUCCAUUACCACCAAUAAAGGACUCACGUUGGACGAGAACUCGGUUAAAAAAAUCACCACACUACAGCUCUCUGCCACGGACCAGGACAGCGAACCCAGGGAUCUCCUGUUCCGCAUAACUAAGCAGCCCAGCCUUGGUCACCUGGAACAUCUCGGAUCACCUGGCAUGAAAAUUAGCAGCUUCAGCCAGGCGGAUCUAGAAUCUCGAAGCAUCCAAUACAUCCAUACCAGCGCUGAAGAGAAGCACUCCGAUGAAUUUACCUUUGCAGUUUCUGAUGGUGUCAAUGAGAUUUCACAAACAUUUUAUAUCACUAUAAAUAAAGUAGACGACUCCCUGCCUGUGGUUCACAAUGCUGGAAUGCGAGUGCAGGAAGGCGUCCGGAAAACCAUCACUGAGUUUGAAUUGAAGGCGUCAGAUGCGGAUACCGAGGCAGAGACUGUCACAUUUACCAUUGUUCAGCCCCCUCGCUUCGGAGUUAUUGAACGUACGAGUAAUGGUCAGAGUUACCGCCAAACCACCACAUUCACAAUGGACGACAUCUACCAGAACCGAAUCAGCUACAGCCAUGAUGGCAGCAACACCCUCAAAGAUCGGUUCUCUUUCACAGUGUCAGAUGGGACCAACCAGUUCUUCAUUGUGGAGGAAGGAGAGAAAGAGAUCGUGACAGCAGCUCCCCAGAGGUUUAAGGUAGACAUCCUUCCGGUGGAUGAUGGAACACCAAGAAUUGUCACUAACCUAGGCCUUCAGUGGUUGGAAUACAUGGACGGCAAGGCUAGCAAUUUCAUUACCAAGAAGGAAUUAAUGACUAUAGAUCCAGACACGGAAGACAAGCAGCUGGUUUAUGAAAUAUCGAGUGGGCCGAAUCACGGAUAUUUGGAGAACAAACUCAAGCCUGGUGUCUCUGUCAGCACAUUUACUCAAGAGGAUAUAAACCUCGGGCUUAUUCAGUAUAUUCUGCACAAUGAAAAGUACAAAGAAACAAUGGACAACUUUAAGUUCCUAGUGAAAGACAGUAAGCCUAAUGUGGUCAGUGACAACAUGUUUCAUAUCCAGUGGUCCCUGAUUAGCUUCACACAUGUUAGUUACAACGUGAGUGAAAAAGCAGGUACCAUCAGCGUUACUGUAAAAAGAACUGGGAAUCUCAAUCAAUAUGCCAUUGUACUAUGUCGUACAGAAGAAGGAACCGCAAAGUCCAGCUCCAGUGUGGGGUCGAGGCCGGGCCAGCAGGACUAUGUGGAAUAUGCAGGCCAGGUACAAUUUGAUGAAAGAGAAGACACCAAAGCUUGUACAAUCAUUAUCAAUGAUGACCAGGUAUACGAAAACAUAGAAAGUUUCGCAGUGGAGCUCAGCAUGCCUGCCUACGCUUUACUGGGCCGCAUCACUAAAGCUGUCGUCAACAUUAAUGACACCGAGGAUGAGCCCACCCUGCAGUUUGAUAAGAAGAUGUAUCGGGCCAAUGAGAGUGCUGGUUUCCUUUCAGCGCCUAUUGAAAGAAAAGGUGAUCCAGGAAGCAUUGUUUCGGCCAUUUGCUAUACUAUUCCAAAAACCGCUAAAGGCAGCAGCCUCUACGGAUUAGAAUCCGGCUCAGAUUUCAAGUCCAGGACAAUGUCCAACGAGAACCGCAUCAUUUUCGGGCCUGGCGUUACCAUGUCCACCUGUGACAUCAAACUAAUAGACGAUAGUGAAUAUGAAGAAGAAGAGGAAUUUGAGAUAGCAUUGGCUGACACAUCUGAGAAUGCUCGGAUUGGAAACAUAGCAACAGCCAAAGUUGUUAUUGAAGGACCCAAUGACGCUUCCACUGUCUCCCUUGGAAAUGCCACCUUCAGUGUCAGUGAAGAUGCAGGCUCUAUAGAGAUUCCUGUUAUUCGUAGUGGACCAGAUCUUUCUGUUCCCACUUCUGUGUGGUGUGCCACUCGCCCAUCAGACCCACCAUCUGCUUCUCCUGCGAUUGACUAUAUCCCAAGUUCCAAGAAGAUAGAAUUUGGGGCAGGAAAAACAGUAGAGUUCUGCACUCUGACUAUAUUGGACGAUGCUCAGCAUCCGGUGAUUGAAGGUUUGGAGACGUUUGUGGUUUUCCUUAGCUCUGCACAUGGGGCACAGCUUACCAAACCAUUUCAAGCAACAGUUGCCAUUAAUGAUACUUUUCAGGAUGUUCCCAGCAUGCAGUUCAGUAAAGAUGUCUUGAUGGUAAAGGAGAAAGAUGGAGUACUGCAUGUCCCUGUCAUACGUACCGGAGACUUGAGUUACGAGUCUUCAGUUCGUUGCUACACUCAGUCUCAUACAGCUCGUGUGAUGGAUGACUUUGAAGAAAGAAGAAACUCUGAUGAUUCCCGGCUGACAUUUUUCAAAGGAGAAAAAGUGAAGAACUGUACUGUAUUUAUCAACGACGACUCGGUGUUCGAGCCUGAAGAGCAAUUUAGGAUUUAUCUCAGCAAUCCUCUUGGAAGUCACUGGAGCGGAGCCCGAAUUGGGAAGAGUGACAUGGCUACAAUCACUAUUUCAAAUGAUGAGGAUGCCCCUACAAUUGAGUUUGAAGAGAGCACUUACCAAGUUCGAGAGCCCCAGGAACUUGACGGAAUAGCCACGCUUAAUAUAAAAGUGAUCAGAAGAGGAGACCAAAACAGAACUUCAAAGGUCCGCUGUAGCACAAGAGAUGGAUCUGCCCAGUCUGGGGUCGAUUACUACCCAAAAAGCCGGGUUCUUAAAUUUAGUCCUGGUGUUGAUCAUAUCAUCUUUAACGUGGAAAUUCUGUCUAAUGAAGACAGGGAGUGGCAUGAAUCCUUCUCAUUAGUUCUUGGGCCAGAUGAUCCAGUUGAAGCUGUGCUUGGAGACAUUACCACCGCUACUGUGACAAUCCUCGACCAAGAGGCAACAGGAAGCCUGAUAUUACCAUCACCCCCUAUAGUUGUAUCAUUGGCCGAUUAUGACCAUGUAGAAGAUGUCACCAAAGAGGGGGUGAAGAAAUCCCCAUCUCCUGGGUACCCAUUGGUGUGUGUCACACCAUGUGAUCCACACUUUCCCAAGUAUUCUGUGAUGAGGGAGCGUUGUGAAGAAGCUGGCAUCAACCAGUCUACUAUCUUAUUCAACUGGGAAGUGGCAACACCCACUGACUCCAAUGGCGCUCGAUCUCCUUUUGAAACAAUCACAGACACCACACCUUUCACAAGUGUCAAUCACAUGGUCCUGGAUAGCAUUUACUUCAGCAGACGAUUCCAUGUCCGAUGUGUUGCCAAAGCAGUGGAUAAGGCCGGGCAUGUGGGAACACCACUGAGAAGCAAUAUUGUCACAAUAGGAACAGACAGUGCCAUAUGUCACACACCGGUGGUGGCAGGGACCGCAAGAGGAUUUCAGGCCCAGUCUUUUAUUGCCACUCUGAAAUACCUGGAUGUCAAGCACAAAGAGCAUCCCAACAGGAUCCAUAUAUCCGUACAAAUCCCUCACCAGGAUGGGAUGUUGCCGCUCAUUUCCACGAUGCCGCUACACAACCUGCACUUCCUGUUGUCCGAGUCUGUGUACCGACACCAGCACGUAUGCUCCAACCUGGUCACCAUUCGUGACCUCAGAGGUAUUUCAGAAGCGGGAUUUUUGGAUGAGGUAACAUAUGACAGCAUAGCGGUGGGUCCAGGAUAUGACCGGCCAUACCAAUUUGAUCCCACCGUGAGAGAGCCAAAGACUGUCCAACUGUACAAGCACCUGAACCUCAAGAGUUGCAUUUGGACAUUUGACGCAUAUUACGAUAUGACGGAGCUCAUUGACGUCUGCAGUGGAGCUGUGACAGCCGACUUCCAGGUGAGGGACUCUGCUCAGUCGUUCCUGACAGUUCAUGUACCCCUGUACGUGUCAUACAUUUAUGUGACUGCGCCCAGAGGAUGGGCAUCGUUGGAACAUCACACCGAGAUGGAAUUCUCCUUCUUCUAUGACACUGUCCUCUGGAGAACCGGCAUUCAGACAGAUAGUGUGCUAUCUGCCAGGCUUCAGAUCAUAAGGAUUUAUAUUCGAGAGGAUGGGCGACUGGUUAUCGAGUUUAAAACCCACGCUAAGUUCAGAGGCCAGUUUGUCAUGGAACACCACACGCUUCCAGAUGUGAAAUCUCAUAUCAUGUCCCCAGACCACUUGGGUGGAAUCGAGUUUGACCUUCAGUCUUUGUGGAGCGCACAGACGUUUGAUUCUCCAUAUCAAUUAUGGAGAGCAACCAGCUCAUACAGCAGGAAAGACUAUUCGGGAGAAUAUACCAUCUAUCUGAUCCCUUGUACUGUGCAGCCAACACAGCCAUGGGUUGAUCCUGGGGACAAGCCUCUAGCCUGCACAGCCCAUGCUCCGGAAAGGUUCCUUAUUCCCAUUGCAUUUCAGCAGACUAAUCGGCCUGUCCCAGUUGUAUAUUCACUAAAUACAGAGUUUCAGCUUUGUAACAACGAAAAGGUCUUCUUGAUGGACCCCUCCAAGUCUGAAAUGUCACUAGCAGAGAUGGACUAUAAAGGAGCCUUCUCAAAAGGUCAAACCCUAUAUGGUAGAGUGCUGUGGAAUCCUGAUCAAAACCUCAAUUCUGCCUACAAGCUGCAGCUAGAGAAGGUCUAUCUCUGUACUGGAAAAGAUGGAUAUGUGCCUUUCUUUGACCCGACCGGAACCAUUUACAACGAAGGACCCCAAUACGGUUGUAUUCAACCGAAUAAGCACCUAAAGCACCGUUUUCUACUCUUGGACCGCCACCAGCCGGAAGUGACUGAAAAGUUCUUCCAUGAUGUCCCCUUUGAUGCUUGCUUUGUGUCAGACUCACCAGAUCUCAGUUCCAUGAACAGCAUGCCAGGGGUGGAUGGAUUUACUAUGAAAGUUGAUGCUCUGUACAAGGUUGAAACUGGACAUCAGUGGUAUCUUCAAGUAAUCUACAUUAUUGGCCCAGAAACAAUGGCAGGUCCCAGAGUACAGCGUUCACUAACCUAUCAGCUGAGCCGUGGACGUAGAGAUCUGGUAGACAAAAACGGGAGGCUCACGCUGGAUGAUUCUUUGAUAUACGACAAUGAAGGAGACCAGGUUAAGAAUGGAACCAACAUGAAGACAUUAAGUCUAGAAAUGGAGACAGCUGCAGUUUCUGCUUCUCAGACAGGGGCUUCCAUCGGAAGUGCGUUUGCAGCCAUAUUGCUUUUGGUGCUCGUUCUCCUGGCUGUUUGCCUUAUAAUGCAGAAGUGCAGGAGAAAGAAAAAGAAGAUGCCUCCUAGGGAUGUGGCAGAGGAAUAUCCACUUAACACCAAGGUGGAGGCUUCAAGGAAAAACAUAAACCUGGCAGAGAAGAAUUUCAACAGGCAGCAUUGCACUGUGCGGAACAUUAAUCUCCUCAACGACAACCAAGACGUCUAUGAAGUUAAAGGCGUCAAGGUGAAGCAGGUUAAUCUAGAAGUCAAAGUCCACAAUAAUCUACACGAUGGAACAGAAGUUUGAUUACCCAGCCGCACAUGCAGAAUAUAUAUUUUGUUUAAAAUAAAUCUGUUGUGUUUUUUUUUUUUUUUAUACAUUGUGAAAAAGAAACAAAAAAAAAAAAGAAAGAAGCACCAGUAUUUUUAUAAUCUGGCAUGAAAAAGGGAAAAGUAAGGACCGAGUGAUGGACAGAUGUGCAGUACAUAGUUCAACGCGCAACUGAGCUACCUCGAUAUACCCACGCGUGUACGAAUACAAAGGGCAAAACGUGAAUGAAUAAGCUGAUUCUUUUCCCCUUUGUCCCCCAACAAUGUGCUGCACAGGUUUGGAACACUGCCACUAAGCUCAAAUAGCAGAGAUACUAUUGUGAAAAUGCACUGAAUGUAGAUGUGAUGAACAAUCCCAUUAUAUGCACAUUAAACUGUUUUUUUAUAUAUAUAAAUAGAUUGAAAGAAAAUCAGGAUUUAUCCCUUGCAUUUAGUGUGCGUGGUAGGUCAUACGCCAUUUUUAAAAAACAUAACACUUGUGCUAGUGGUUUCUGUAGAAUAAAUGAUUUGCGAUCCACAACACUGACAAGCUAACAUACAAUUGGCAAAGAUAUGGAGGUUUAAAUUAUUCAACAUUAUAUAUUUUUUCACGUUCAUAUCUGAAAUGUCACUCCAAGGGUUUCUUAAUAUGUGUGUGGGGGGUUAAUAUCACAUACCAGUUAUGUUUUUGGUCCUGAAAUAUUGUUUUCUGGAAGUAUCGGGUAGAAAGAA